AUGGAUGUACGAAGAAAGCUCUACAACAUCGAUCACGCCACUACCAAAGACUAUUUAUCAGCCGGGCUAACGCAGUUGCGGUCUCUUUACUUAAUUUUUUCCCUUAUUUAUUUGUGUUUUUUAGGGUUUUGGAUUAUGGUAUGCUUCAAGAAAGUGCGAUAUGUUUACAGAAUGCAUUUACUAAUGGUCGUGUUGCUUGUUAUAACUUCCGCUCACUUUAUUUGUGCUGCUGCUGAGCAACAUUAUGUGAAGGUUGCAGGCACUACUCCUCAUCCUCAUGGAUGGGAUGUCAUAUUUUACAUGUUUCAGCUUAUCAGGAAUGGUCUUUUCUUCACUGUCAUCAUGUUGAUUGGCAUCGGAAGGUGUUUGUGGAAGCUGUUGGCUUUUCACAAGCCUUUUAUCAAGAGUAUAGCAAUGAAACAGUAA